UGAAACAGGAAGAAAUUAGACUGUAUGAUGAAUAUGUAAUUUGUUGUAAGGAGCAUUUACUGUACAAAUCCCGAUCCGGAUGGAUACCUAAGGCUAUUGGCAUCUGUUCAUAUACAUGUGUUUCAUUCCUAAGGCAAAACUAUGUCGGAACACAAGGAAGGCAUUCAAAGGCCAUACGAGAUCCACAGUCGUGGAGUGGUGAAUUUUUUCCUUGUGACAAUAUUUGGGAUGAUGUUAAUGGUUGGACUGUUCUACAUCUCCCCAUACCUUGGUCCAGAUGUCCAGAUGAAACACAUGUACCAUUAUAGAUAUGGAAACAGUAGUGAAGUACCAAUACGUGUGCACUAUUAUAAUCGUCCGCCAUGGAUUCCCAUCGAUGUAUUUUCCUCUUGUGAUGACAAUUGUUUUUUGACUGCUGGCGAAGGCAAUUCGUAUGCAAGCAGUGGGGUUGUGAUAUUCCAUACACCUUAUGUCAAGGAAAGACAUCCCCCGAAGAAAAUGGGACAAAUAUGGAUAUUUCACUCUAUGGAGCCGCCGUGGUUACACUGGUGCAAAUUUAAUAAUUGGAAAGGUGUAUUUAACUGGACUAUAAGCUACAGGAGAGAUUCAGAUAUUAUGUGUACCUAUGGAAAUUUCGGCACUAGUGUCUUUAAUCAAAGUACUUGGGAUAUAGAAAGAAGUAAUUUUCUUAAAAAGUGGCAGAAAAAAAACAAAGAUAUUGCAUGGAUGGUUUCUCAUUGUAGAACGGUUGGGAAGCGAGAUGAUUAUGUGAAUAUUCUUAAAAAAAUGACACCAGUGGAUAUUUAUGGAAAAUGUGGCGACAAUAAAUGUGAUCGUUCUAAAACUGACGAAUGUUUAAUCCCGUAUAAAUUUUAUUUGUCUUUUGAAAAUCAAUUAUGUGAUGAUUAUAUAACGGAAAAGAGUUUCAAUCUUUACCAAACUUGGUCGACCUCUAUACCUGUUACACGUGGAGGUUCUAACUAUUCCAUGUUCCUACCUCCUGGAUCAUACAUAGACGCGUCCAAGUUUACACGCAUUUCUGAUCUUAGAGACUACGUUAACUCAGUAUCGAAGAACAUUACAAAAAUUAUGGAAUAUCAGGAAUGGAGAAAGAGGUAUCGGCUUACCAGUGCACACCCCGGCGCAUUCUGUGAACUUUGUCGUCGACUUCAUCUAAAGGAUAAAGACAAGUAUAGACGAUUAUAUGAUGACAUAGGAGAGUGGCAUAGGAGAGACAAAUCACAGAAAUGCUGUCGAGACCCGAAAGACCUAGCAUAA